GGAAGCUGAUCUUAUGUAUGAUGAGAAAUUAGAUCCAGUUAUGCGCAAAAUGGAAGUCGCACGUUUAAUAGCAUCUAAAAUAGUAUACCAAUGGUUUAAUAACAUACUCAGUUCAUCUUGGUCUCAUUUAUGGAUAUACGACGCUUUUGCUAAUAUAUUCGGAGAAGAAGCUGUUGCUAAGAGCUUCAAUAAUUCUGAAAUUUUGGAUCUCUUCAUAAUUCAGAAUCAAUACGAAUCUCUUCAUCUGGAUUCUCAUUUUAAUAUGAAUCCUGUCGAAAUCACAAGCCCAUCGGAAAUUAAUUCAACUUUCAGUUUUCCUCGUUACAUGAAAGCAAUAAUUAUUUUACGGAUGUUCCAAAGUGCUAUUACCGAUGAAGUUUUUCGAAAUAAUAUCCAUACAUAUGUUAGCAGACAGUGA